AUGGGGGCUAUGGGGAUGAUGGAUUGGUCUGCAGCUUCUGCUUCGAAUGCUUAUUUUGAUACCCUCAAACUGUGUAAUGACCGAAGGAGACAAAGUGACUCAUGGAAAACACAAGAGCCAGGGAGCAAUGAGUUUGUAUCGGCCUUGGCAGCUGGCAUGAAAGCCAAGCUCAUAGUGGAGGUGGCCUCAAGUGUUUCCCCAUCAACAAUAGCCUUAGCAGCUGCUGCAAAACACACCGGGGGCAGAUUGGUCUGCAUUGUCCCAGAGCCAGUUCUCGACGAAUCGAAAAAAGUAAUCAAAGACUCAGGCCUAAAAGACUUGGUUGAAUUCAGGACCGGAGACCCCUCUGAGCUAUUGUCAAAUUAUGAGAACAUUGAUUUCUCUCUGGUUGAUUGCAAGAACGAUGAGUACACAAGGCUGCUGCAGUUGCUUGAUGUGAAUCCUAGAAAAUCAGUGGUUGUGGCUAACAACUUGGUUGGUGAAAGAAAAGGGCUGGGAGGACAUAUGGAAGUGAAGGAGGAGAGGGUUGUGGUAAGGUCCACGAAGCAUCCGAUAGGGAAAGGGAUGGAGGUCACCAUGAUUGGGAAGAACAAAGAGAUUGGAAAGGGAGAUUGGGGUGGAGGAAGGAAGAAGAGAAGUGGUAAGAGCAAAUGGGUUGUCAAGGUUGAUGAGAAGAGUGGUGAGGAGCAUAUCUUUAGGGUUACUGGCUAA